AUGAACCCAAGGAUGGAUGAAUUUCCGGUAUCCCACAGCGACAGCGCGACGUUCGGUGGACAACCACCUGUUAUAGAGACAGGCGACGACGAGAUGAAAAUUUUUGCCACUAAUGAAAACCGCUCAAAGUUAACGAACCGUUCAAAGACUCAGAAGCCAAAGUACGUCCAUAAAGGACCACAAGCCGCAAACCGCAUCAUUAAUUCCAGGCAAUCUAAGGUGAAGUACGGGUGA